AUGGGGACUAUCCCAAAAGCCAAUGUUUUUCCUACGACAAGUCCAAAAUCAUUCCUACAAGCUCCCACCUAUGGGAACUUAAUCACUGUUCUUAGUAUUGAUGGUGGUGGAAUUAGGGGGAUUAUCCCCGGAACUAUUCUUGCCUUUUUAGAGUCUGAGCUUCAGAAGCUGGAUGGUGACGAGGCGAGACUGGCAGAUUACUUUGAUGUCAUUAGUGGGACUAGUACUGGUGGCCUCGUGACUGCCAUGCUAACCACACCAAAUCCGAAUGAGGGCAAUCGCCCUCUUUUUGCUGCUAAAGAUAUCAAUGAAUUCUACCUGGAACACUGCCCUAAAAUCUUCCCCCAAGAUCGUUCACCAUUUGCACCUGCUGAAAAUUUGGUUAAAUCCCUUAUUGGACCAAAAUAUAAUGGCAGAUAUCUGCACAAUAUUGUGAGGGAAAAGUUGGGAGAAACCCGAUUGCACCAGACAUUGACAAAUGUUGUGAUCCCGACAUUUGACAUCAAACAACUCCAGCCAAAAAUCUUCUCCUCCUAUGAGGUGAAGUACAACCCCUGCAAAAAUGCUUUGCUCUCUGAUAUAUGCAUCGGAACUUCUGCAGCGCCAACUUAUCUUCCUGCCCAUCAGUUUGAAACUAAAAAUUCCAAUGGCGAAGCUAAAGAAUUCCAUCUUAUUGAUGGUGGAGUUGCUGCAAAUAAUCCGACUUUGGUAGCUAUGAACGAAGUGACCAAAGAAAUCACUCGCAAGAAUUCUGAUUCCUUUCCUACAAAGGCAAACGACUUUGCUCGUUUCUUGGUUUUGUCCUUGGGCACUGGUUCCCAAAAAUGUGCAGAGAAAUACCCUGCUCCUAUGGCCUCAAAAUGGGGUCUCUUGGAAUGGCUGACCUUUCAACACUCCACUCCAUUGAUGGAUGUGUUCAUGCAAGCUAGCAGUGACAUGGUCGACUUUCACAUUGCUACUGUUUUCCAAGCACUUCAAUCUGAAGACAAAUAUCUCCGAAUUCAGGAUGAUACACUAUGUGGGACAGUCUCAUCUGUGGAUAUUGCUACAAAAGAAAACUUGGAGAACCUUGUAAAAGUUGGGGAAGAAUUGCUGAAAAAACCAGUUUCUAGAGUGAAUUUGGACAAUGGUAAAUUUGAACCUAUUAAUACUCAAGACACAAAUGAAAACGCUCUCAUCAGAUUAGCUAAAGUGCUAUCUCAGGAGAAGCGGCUUCGUGACACGAGAUCACCAACUGGAAACCUUACCACAAAGUAG